AUGGCUUCGGGCCCUGCGGGGGCGGAGACCCGGCAGAGGCUGCUGCGCACGGUCAAGAAGGAGGUGAAGCAGAUCAUGGAGGAGGCCGUCACACGGAAGUUUGUCCAUGAAGACAGCAGCCACAUCAUCUCCUUCUGUGCGGCUGUGGAGGCCUGCGUCUUGCACGGGCUGCGGCGGCGGGCGGCUGGCUUCCUGCGCAGCAACAAGAUCGCGGCUCUCUUCAUGAAGGUGGGCAAGAGCUUCCCACCAGCUGACGAGCUGAGCCGCAAGGUCCAGGACCUGGAGCAGCUGAUAGAGAACGCGCGAAACCAGAUCCAGGGCCUCCAGGAGAAUGUGCGGAAGCUGCCGAAGCUACCCAACCUGUCCCCACUUGCCAUCAAGCACCUGUGGAUCCGCACGGCCUUGUUUGAGAAGGUUCUGGACAAAAUUGUGCAUUACCUUGUGGAAAACAGCAGCAAAUACUAUGAAAAGGAAGCACUCCUGAUGGACCCUGUGGAUGGCCCCAUCCUUGCGUCUUUGUUAGUGGGGCCCUGUGCCCUGGAGUACACCAAGAUGAAGACGGCGGAUCACUUCUGGACCGACCCCUCUGCCGACGAGCUCGUCCAGAGGCACCGCAUCCACAGCUCGCACUUGCGACAGGACUCGCCCACCAAGCGCCCAGCCCUCUGCAUUCAGAAGAGGCUUUCGAGUGGCAGCAUGGAUGACCGCCCAUCCCUCUCCGCCCGUGACUACGUGGAGUCCCUGCACCAGAACUCCAGGGCCACCCUGCUGUAUGGCAAGAACAACGUUCUCGUUCAGCCGAGGGAUGACAUGGAGGCUGUCCCAGGGUACCUGUCGCUGCACCAGACUGCUGACCUCAUGACCCUGAAGUGGACACCCAACCAGCUGAUGAAUGGGUCUGUGGGAGAUCUGGACUAUGAGAAGAGCGUCUUUUGGGACUAUGCCAUGACCAUCCGCCUGGAGGAGAUCGUCUACCUGCACUGCCACCAACAAGUGGACAGCGGCGGGACGGUGGUGCUGGUCAGCCAGGAUGGGAUCCAGAGGCCACCCUUCCACUUCCCCAAGGGAGGGCAUCUCCUGCAGUUCCUCUCCUGCCUGGAGAAUGGGCUGCUCCCUCACGGGCAGCUGGACCCACCACUCUGGUCUCAGCGGGGGAAGGGCAAAGUAUUUCCCAAACUGCGCAAGCGAAGCCCUCAGGGUUCUGCUGAGUCCACAGCUUCAGACAAGGAAGAUGACGAGGCCACGGACUAUGUGUUCAGGAUCAUCUACCCCAGCCUGCAGUCCGAGUUCGUGCCCCAGGAUCUGAUGGAUGUCUCCAUGAGCAACCUGCCACCCCUGUGGCAACCCAGUACCCACAAAUCCUCUUGCUCAUCCUGUUCACAGAGUGGCUCAGGUGAUGGUGGCUCAACCAAUGGCUGCAAACAUGAGAGGGCUCCCUUGAAGCUUCUCUGUGACAACAUGAAGUACCAGAUCCUCUCCAGAGCCUUCUAUGGAUGGCUUGCCUACUGCAGACACCUGUCCACCGUGAGGACCCACCUGUCAGCCCUGGUCAAUCACAGGAUUGUGUCUCCAGACUUGCCCUGUGAUGCUAGACACGGGUUGACGGCUGGGAUCUGGGAGCAGUACCUGCAGGACAGCACAAGUUACGAGGAGCAGGAGCUGCUGCGCCUCAUCUACUAUGGGGGCAUCCAGCCCGAGAUCCGCAAGGCCGUGUGGCCCUUCCUGCUGGGCCACUACCAGUUCGGGAUGACAGAGACGGAGAGGAAGGAGGUGGACGAGCAGAUCCAUGCCUGCUACGCGCAGACCAUGUCCGAAUGGCUGGGCUGUGAGGCAAUCGUGCGGCAGAGGGAGCGGGAGUCCCACGCAGCCGCCCUGGCCAAGUGCUCCUCAGGGGCCAGCCUGGACGGCCACCUGCACCGGAUGAUGCACAGGGACUCCACCAUCAGCAACGAGUCCUCCCAGAGCUGCAGUUCUGGCCACCAGAACAUCCGCCUGCAGAGUGACUCCAGCAGCAGCACACAGGUGUUCGAGUCUGUGGACGAAGUGGAGCAGGUGGAGACAGAAGGCAAAUUGGAGGAGAAGCAGCCGAAGAUCCCCAAUGGGAACCUGGUGAAUGGCACCUGUUCCCCGGACUCCGGCCAUCCUUCCUCCCACAACUUCUCCUCUGGCUUCUCGGAGCACUCGGAGCCCAGCCUGAGUACCGAGGACGGCGUCAUGGACGCCCAGCGCAGUGCCUCCCUGGUGCUUCGACCCGGGGACAGCAGCGUGGACGAGGGGCAGAGCAGCGAGGCCACCACUUCCCGGGACGAGGCUCCGCGUGAGCAGCUGGCCGUGCAGGACAGCCUGGAGAGUGACCUCCUCGCCAAUGAGAGCAUGGACGAGUUCAUGUCCAUCCCAGGCAGCAUGGACGUGGCUCUGCCUGAAAAGGAGGGCCCCCCGGUGGAGGGCUGGGGGGGCAGCGAGGUGAAGUGCAGCCGGGUGGACAGUGAGGACAACCUCUCAGAGGAGCCCGAGAUGGAGAGUCUCUUCCCAGCCUUGGCCUCUCUGGCCGUGAGCACAGCUGCCAACGAGACGUCCCCUGUGUCAUCCAGCGGUGUCACCUACUCCCCGGAGCUGCUGGACCUGUACACCGUGAACCUGCACCGCAUUGAGAAGGACGUGCAGAGGUGCGACCGCAACUACUGGUACUUCACGCCCGCCAACCUGGAGAAGCUGCGCAACAUCAUGUGCAGCUACAUCUGGCAGCACAUUGAGAUCGGCUAUGUCCAGGGCAUGUGUGACCUCCUGGCUCCACUGCUGGUCAUUCUGGAUGACGAGGCCCUCACCUUCAGCUGCUUUACGGAGCUUAUGAAGAGAAUGAACCAGAACUUCCCCCACGGAGGCGCCAUGGACACACACUUUGCCAACAUGAGGUCACUAAUCCAGAUCCUGGACUCAGAGCUCUUUGAGCUGAUGCAUCAGAAUGGGGACUACACUCACUUCUACUUCUGCUACCGCUGGUUCCUGCUGGAUUUCAAACGAGAACUUGUCUAUGAUGAUGUCUUCUCUGUCUGGGAGACCAUCUGGGCAGCCAAACACGUCUCGUCCACCCACUACGUCCUGUUCAUCGCACUGGCUCUGGUGGAGGUCUACCGUGACAUCAUCUUGGAGAACAACAUGGAUUUCACAGACAUCAUCAAGUUCUUUAACGAAAUGGCCGAGCGACACAACACCAAGCAGAUCCUGAAGCUGGCCCGGGACCUCGUGUACAAGGUGCAGACUCUGAUUGAGAACAAGUGA